UGUCAACACCAUUAUAUACCCACUUGAAUAUGUGGUGGGCCUAGUGCAAUUAAUGAGGAAGUGAAAAUAGUGUUUACUUCUUUGCUAGGAAUAUCAGGUUGCUUAUAUAUAUAUAUGGGUCACAUAAAAAUUCUUUUUUGCCUUUCUUGGGGUGAUUGUUUUGUAUUGUCUCUAUGAGUUUUAAACUGUGGACCAUUGUUUUGUAUUAGGUUGCAUUUACUCCGUUUGUGUAAAACAUGCAACAUUUACAGCCCUUACAUGCUUUUAAACAAAGCAAAAAGCACCGAAUAAAGUAGGUUCUGACUCUGCAUGCUUUCUUGCUCUUGGGGGUGGUAUUAAAGGCAUACUUUUAUAGCAUGUCAUUGUUUGAACACAGGACCAGUGUGCGAUGUGGGGCUGCUGCUUUAUUCAUCUUUUUUUAUUUUUAUUUAUCUCUUAUUGAUUUUUCGGAAAGGGUCUUCUACCUUCCUAGUUUCUAGUGGAAGAUAAAUUUUGGUGUCUUGGGUUUAAAUCAAUUGCCUUUUAGUUAAAUAGUCACGGUUGUAGUGAGUUGGCUCCUUUAUGAUAAUGUGGGCUCAAGACUUCCAAGGUCAUAAAUGUACAUGGCCAUUGUGAAUUUCUUUCUCCCUCUAUAUCUCCUCUUACCUAAUUAUGGUUUGAAGGAGGUUGAGGCUGGAUGUGGGAAUAUAAAAGCCUAACUGCCAUUUACUUGAAACUACUCCAUUUGCUUCUUAUAGUGCUUGUAGAGAGGGAUAGUGAAAUGUUGAAGAAUGUUUUCUCAUUGUCAUUUCUCUACUGUUAAUAAAAGUUGGCAAGUGCUAAAUUGCUAAAAAGCAGGUGAGACUUUUUUAGCCAACAAAUCCUUCACAGUAUUUCAUCGUUUGCUAUCUUCAAGCAUAUCAAAUGCCAAGAUCAAGGGGGUCAGAGUUGCCUCAAAGGCAGUCUCCACGAGGUGCACAUCAACAUCGGACAUCAAGUUCUGACUCUGAUCCAUUGCAUCAUCGGCCGAUUGCUGACCGAAGUCCAAAGCUAGGAGAUCGGCGUUCCCCCAGAGGUACUCAAUCUGAGGGAUUAAAUCAGAAGAAGCUAGGAACUCGCAUUGCAGAUUUGGAAUCUCAGCUUGGUCAAGCACAAGUAGAGUUGAAAGUUUUAAAGGACCAGCUAGCUUCUGCUGAAGCCGCAAAGAAAGAAGCUCAAGAUGAGCUAGUGAAGAAAGCUGUGCAAUCAGUAGUGCCAGUGGUAGAGAAGCUCCAAGAGAAAUCCACUUCCAAGAAUGCUCCAGAGACUAAUAAAACUGAAAGCAAAUCCCAAGAUAUUAUACCUGAUGACAACCAACAAGAGACUGAUGUGUUUGAAGUUCCAAUUGAGAAGUUGACAAUUGAAUUCAGCAAACCUGCUGAUCAAUCAGAAAAGGAAACUCAACCAUCUGAAGACUCUAACGCACCAGCAAUAUCAAAGCCUUCUGUGGAUGAACACGAACUAACACUAAAGAAUGACGAAAUUGCAUUGUUGAAAACCGGUUUGGAAGAGAAAGGAAAGGAGUUAGAGUCCAUGACUAACGAAAAGGAGAAUCUGAAGAACCAACUGAAUGAAGCAGUUUCAAAAGUGUCUGCUGCUCAAACCAAGGAAGAAGAAAUGACCUUGCAGUUGAACCAACUGAGAGAAGAGUUGGAAGCCAGUAAAGCCAAUGGAGACAAGUUGGAUGAGAAGUUGAAAUCUAUGGAAGCAAGAAAGGAGGGGUUGGAGUCAGAGAUGAAGAAGCUAAGGGUGCAAACUGAGCAAUGGAGAAAAGCAGCAGAUGCUGCAGCAGCAGUGCUUGCUGGGGGUGUGGAUAUGAGUGCAAGGAUUCCUGAAAGGUGUGGCUCCAUGGAUAAGCACUUUGGUGGCACAUUUGAGACACCUGCUGGUAGAUACAAUGGCUAUGUGGGGUCUCCCGGUAUGGCUGAUGUCUUGGAUGAUGGUUUUGGAGGUGGUAAGAGGAAGGGUUCUGGGAUUAGAAUGUUUGGUGAUUUAUGGAAAAAGAAGAGCCAAAAGUGAUUUAUGGCUUAUAUAUUCAGUGAGUGAAUUAGUAGUACUUUAACUAAGGUCAUGUUUUGAUGGUAGCAGAAACUUCCAAAGCAGUUGCUUACUGUUUUGCAUCUUUCUGGUAUCUUUAGUCUUUUGUGGUAUUAUUAAGGCCAUUAAGCGUGUAGUGUUACUGUUGCAUCAUCUGUGCAAGGUAGUGAUGUGAACUUUUUGAAAGAUGGAUUAUAUAUUUCACUUCUCCUAAAGCUGUGAUGAGCACUUUUACUUGUUUUUAGGCA